AUGGACAAGAGCAAAGAGAACAAGUACGUGUGCAAGUUCUGUAACAAGGAGUUCCCUUCUGGGAAAUCACUCGGUGGUCACAUCAGAACCCAUUCGAACGAGUAUUCAGUUGCUUCCCAUAGCUACAAUGCCAAAAAUAACAAGAGGUUGGUAGAUCAGAGAGAGAAAAAACAACUUUGUUGCAGAGAAUGUGGUAAAGGGUUCCAUUCUCACAUGGAUUGUCACAGUGAAAGAGAGAAGAAGAUUGUGAUGUCGAUGUAUAACCAAUUUGAUACUGAGACUUCAUCGUCUCCUACCAGGAAAAGAUCCAACAAGGUCAUGAAACGAUCCAAUUCAGAGUCUUUUACUAAUGGGAGCUCGUCUACUGCUUCUGAGAUUGACCAAGAAGAUAAGGACGGGGCUUUGUCUCUGGUGAUUAUGUCGAGAGAAUCUAGUUUCAAGAAAGGACAUGACUUGGUGGUGAACUCUCUGGCUGAGUCAUCAGACAACAACUCUGUGAUCGUGGAGACCAAACCAUCUUCAGGAGAGCAGCUAAAGAUGUUCAAUGUGAAGAAUCAGGCUGAUAAAGUUGCACUUGAUGACCAAUUGAGAUCUGUUGAUGAUGAUAAUGGUGUUACUACCUGUGAUUCAGAUGGUUCUGAUUCUGAUUACUUCAUGAAUGGGCCAAAGAAGUCGGAAUCAGACAUUUCCGUUGACGUGUCUCUUAAGAACACUGGAUUCAACAGGUUCAGGAAAAGUGGGGUCAAGGAGGGAGGAUCAAAGUAUGAGCUGAUGAGCAAAAGCAAAAGGGUCUUUCCUUCUCAUGAAACUGAUUCUUAUGCAGACACAAACAGCAAGAUUCAUAGGUCAAGUGAUAACAAAUCGCCAAUGGAUAAGAAAGCAAGUAGUACAAAGAAGAAAAGCAAAAGUCACGAGUGUCCAUUUUGCUUCAGGGUGUUUAAAUCAGGACAAGCAUUAGGUGGUCACAAGAGAUCACAUUCCAUUGGAAACCAAGUAGCUGAAAUGCGCAACCUAUUCGAUCUCAAUAUUCCUGCCCUGGAUACUGAUGAAUCAAUCAGAAUCUGA